UUCUUCAAGCUCUAUAGGACAGAGCCUUAGAUUUGCUUCCUUUUAAUACCUUAAAACGUCUUUAAGAUGGCUGCAUGGCUGAUGAUAGUGCUUAAUUGCGUAUUUGCCUUAAGCAUCUUUUUGUAUUGUAGGUUUGCCUCUCGAGCAAACAUUACCAGACAUACAUAUAACUGGCGUUGGUAAAUCCCACCGGAGGUUAGUACAUAUAGUACAUAGGUGUGGUAACUCACCCCCUCCCCCCUCCCCGCACAGCGUUGCCUAUAGAGAUCAUCCGCGCCCUGCAAGACCAGGAGGUGUUCGAGCAGGAAAGCGCCUCGUUCGAGAUCGAGCUCGGCCGCGCCCUGCCCGGCGCCAAGUGGUACAAGAAGGGCGCGGAGCUGGAGAGUUCCGACACGGUCAAGAUCGAGCAAUCGGACCGGACGUAUAAACUUGAACUUCUGGACUGCCAGCUGAGCGACAUGGGCACCAUCAAGUUCGAGUGCGGCCCCGUCAGGCCCACCGCCACACUCAUUGUCAAAGCGCAACCUAUCGAAGUCAUCCGAGGUCUCCAGGACCAGGAAGUCUUCGAAAGCGAAAGCGCGCAGUUCUUUAUCGAGAUCAGCAGGGUGAUCGAAGAGUUCCACUGGUUCAAGAAGGGUCACCUCCUCGAGCCUGGCGAAGAUGUGAUCGUCUCGAGAGACGAUCGAACGUACAAUCUGGAGCUGCGCAACUGUCAGAUUUCUGACAUGGGCACGAUCCGGUUCGAAGCCGGGCCGGUCAAGCCUACAGCAACUCUCAUUGUGAAAGGUAGUACCAUGUACAGGGCUGCCAGGAAAAAACGCUUUCAGUGUGAACUGGUGCUCAGUUCACUGCGCUUUCAGUGUAAAGUUGGCGAAAUUGCUUUCAGUAUGAACCAGUGCUAG